CUCCGAGCACAGUCUCUGCCCUCGCUCCAGCCUUUCCCCCUCUCUGGCACAAAAGACGGGCAAGGAUGACACUAGAACCCGACACCUACGAUAUGCCUUUCUACUGGAGGAUCUCAGGUGGCCUGCGCCUGGAAUCGACCGUUGUGCUGGCCGGCUUAAUUCCAGAACAGAGCAAACGGUUCUACAUCCAGUUCGCUAACGGCCAAUACGAGAGGGCGAAGGCUCUCCGAUUAGAAGCCCACUUCGACGACCUUCCCUACAUGGCUAUUGUUACGCUCAACUGCUUCGAAGACAGACCGCGGAUAAAGGAGAGCCCCCUGAAGCCAGGCAGAAGGUUCACGAUCAAAAUCAACGUGACUCGCAACAGCUACAAGAUAUUCGCCAAUGGCCGAUUUCUGGACGAAUUCCCCCACUGCUUUCCGCCAAAGGACGCCAUCUUCCUGGAAAUGGAUGGGGACGUGAUGCUAGAGGAACUCAAAUUUCUUCCGCCACAUCCUGCAGGCCACUGA